UAUGCCGAAAUAGCUUACCUGUCAAACAAUGGCACGCUUAAAAUCUGAUGUGUGAAAUAAUACAGUUUCAUUUAAAACUGACGGAAUUUUCAACUGACUUUAUGUUAGCGCAGUGUAAACCUCUGGAUUCUGAAGUCGGAUACAAUUAAAACUAGUUUCAAAUAAGUCUGAGCCAAGUUCCAAAUUUAUCAAGUUCAUAAAUUCGACGUUACAUACGUUUAUACAUAUGGAACCAAUGACGCUCGGAAGUCCGAGUGGAAGUCCAUUGCCUUCUACCAGUGGUUAUCUUCCAUCUUUCCUCAUGGGAGAUACCCCGGCGACGCCUCGAGCGAAUACGUUAUCUCCGACCAAAGGAAGAAGUUCGCUUGCCUUCACACAAUCUCCAACGGGAGGUGUUCACACGCCGAUCGCUUCCGAUUACGGGAACAGGACUGCUGGACUUCCACAGACGUUUUCACUUGCAGCUAAUCUCAACCAGUCAGGUAUAAACCACAACACAAGCGUAUCAGGACCACCAACGCAGGGGUUAUUUGAUUCAUUUCGGAAUGAGAAACAGUCGUUUCAAACUCCAACUAAAAAUACCCAAAAUCAACAUCAAAAUUUAGCUGGGCCCGGACCCAGCGCUCCGACAUCACCCGGAUACAGUGAUUCAUAUCUGAAUAAGAGCGGUUUCAAUAUAUCGAAAGUUAUGUCACCAAUCCCAAUUGUGAGAGAUCAGGAUUUCACGCGUAAUGCUUCGUUUGUAUCGCCGCUGUCGCAAUCAUACGUGAAUCUGUCCCAAGCACACAUGUGUAACGAUUAUUGGAUCACCGUUUACGGAUUCCCACAGACUGCUUCCUCCAUGGUCCUGUCCCAUUUUUCACAAUGUGGUUCAAUUAUCGAUAAGUCAUUUGCCACACAAAAUGGAAAUUGGGUCCAUUUGCGAUUUACGUCUCGGCUAGAAUGUGAUAAAGCACUCAACUAUAAUGGGAAAAUUAUUGGACAAAAUUUGAUGAUCGGAGUACAAUACUGCAAUGAUCCUGCGAUAAUAGGGAAAGAAAACAGCGAUGAACGAAAAGAAUAUUCUCUCAGUAGGGUGCGCUCGUUAACACAUAUAGCGUACAAGAAUGCCCAACAUCCGACGGUGGUCGUUCCAAGUCCUAUGGCACCAAAACGAAGUUCCGGAAUAGUUGACAAAGCAAUGGAUCUUUUUUUCGGAUGGUAGCAUUGAUGCUCACUUUUGUUUUCCGUUUAGACAAAUCAAUAAAUGAUUGCCAAAAGUAUAAUGAUAAAUCAAGCGUUGAAAGUUGAGAAUUUCUUUUAUAACAAAUAAAAAACUGUCUUGCAUGUUCAAACUAAA